AUGGUGAAAGUGAGGUAUAGUCGCAUUGUAGGAAAAAUACAGUAUGUGGCUAAUAUGGACUUCUCAUUCCCACCAGGUCUUCUGCCAGUGGGUAAAAAAGUUAUUGAAAUUAUGAUGGCAUUAUUACGACCUGAUAUAGCUGGAACAUUCAAGAGAUCCAUUUCUGAAGCUUCCAGACUCGUAUCUAUGAUUCUAAUGGAGCACUGGGAGUUUUGCAAUCAGUAUACUGUAACAUUGAAAGCCAUCAUGAAAAAGGUUGAAUCCGUGUACAUUAGGUUUAGAGAACUUGUUAGGUGGAAAAAAGACCGGGAAGGUACAAAGACUCACCAGUCAAAGAUAUCUUCAUUCAAUGAAGACUGUACUCAAUUGUUUGACAUCAUUGUGACUGACCCAAACAGGAGAGCUGAGUUAGAAUUAAUGAAUGGUGUAAAGAUGGGUGAUCAAGAGUUAAAAUUUUAUGAAUAUUAG